CUUUUUAUUCGUUCGCGGCGGCGCUGUGGCGGCAGCGGAUUUUGGUUUUGCUAAAAUACGGUGUAAUCAAAAUAUGUGUGUAAAUUGUUGUUGUAUUAGUGUUUGUUGGUUAUUAUUAAGUGAAUAAUAUAGUGACAUAUGUGGUAAUAAUUGUGUUAUGAAGUUUAGUGAAAGUUGACGGAGGUUUUCAAGGAACUUCGGGUGUCUCGUAGCUUAUUUACUUAAUGGCGGGCUCCGGGGGGCUCGCGGAGUGGUCUGAAGGCGCGGCGGUGUGGUUCCAGCCGACCGGCGCCACCGCACCACUGCCCGGCUCGCUGCUGGAGGUACACCGCGCCGCUAGAGUGCUCCUCGUCAGCGCGAUCGUCAAUGGCCAGCCUCAAACCUUUGCCCUACAAAUGGGCAAUGGCGAAGAUGAGGGAGAUCCAGUGUGGCCGCGCGAGGAGCUCGGCCCCACCGGGGUGGACGACAUGACCCGCCUCCACGACCUGCACGAAGCAGCCCUGCUGUGGAACCUGAAGCUCAGAUACGAACAAGGAAUAAUAUACACAUACGCUGGCUCCAUUUUGGUGGCUGUCAACCCUUACCGACCGGUUGAUUCUCUGUAUGGACUGCAGACUGCACGGAGGUAUCACGCAGCUGAGGCCCUGGGUGAUCUUCCACCACACCUUUUCGCCAUAGCAGCUGCUGCGCGAGCCUCUCUACCUCAGCCUCAGGCCAUACUAAUCUCUGGUGAAUCGGGUGCAGGAAAAACGGAAUCUACUAAACUCGCCGUCCAGUUCCUCGCUGCCGUCGCUCCCGCACCGCCAGGUCGAGCGCCAGUCUCGGAACAGAUCUUAGAAGCAGCACCGCUGUUAGAAGCCUUUGGCAAUGCCAGAACACCAAAAAAUCACAAUUCUAGUCGUUUUGGGAAGUUACUUGAACUCUACUUCAAGGACGGUGCGCUAGCGGGCGCGAGAGUUGCUCAUUAUCUCCUCGAAAAAUCUAGGAUAGUUACACAGUCGCCGGGAGAAAGAAACUAUCAUGUAUUUUACGAAUUACUCGCUGGAUUAGACGAAGAACAAAGAAGAACUAGAGGUCUACUGACGGCUGAGCAUUAUUUUUAUUUGAAUCAAGGAGGAGAUUCAGGCGGUGCGGGUGCAGGAGCCGACUGGUCCGCAUUGUGCGGCGCUAUGCAAGUCCUCGGAAUAGGGGAUGCGGAAAGAGAAGAUAUUAUAAGAGUUUUAGCAGCAGUUUUACAUUUAGGCAAUGUUUACUUUCAUCGAAGGCAGUUGCGACAUGGACAGGAAGGCGUGCAAUUGGGUGGAGGCGCUGAAGUUCGCUGGGCAGCACAUUUAUUGAAGGUCCCAGCAGAAGCAUUGGCAAGAGCCUUGACAACUAGAGUGACCGCUGCAAGAGCUGAACGCAUGAGGUCACCGUUGCCUAUUGAUCAAGCUCUGGAUGCCAGGGAUGCUUUUGCUAAAGCUCUUUACUCUUCACUAUUCAAUUGGUUAGUGCUCCGAAUAAAUUCGAUCGUCCACCGUGCUGGCUUACACGACGCUCACCGUAUAUCUCUCCUAGACAUCUUCGGCUUUGAAGACUUAGAAGAGAAUUCGUUCGAACAACUGUGUAUAAACUAUGCAAAUGAAACGUUACAGCACUAUUUUAAUAAACACAUAUUCAAGCUGGAGCAACAGGAAUACCAGAAGGAGAGACUGGAGUGGUCUAAUUUAACAUGGAACGAUAACUCUCCAGUUAUUCAACUUCUGAGUAAAAAGCCUGUGGGAAUCUUACAUCUGUUAGAUGACGAAAGUAAUUUCCCGCGGGCGUCCGACGCGUCAUUUUUGGAAAAGUGCCAUUACAACCAUGCGUUGAACGAGCUAUAUUCUAGACCUAGGUUAGGAGCUAGUGAAUUUGGGAUAAAACACUAUGCUGGUCAAGUGUGGUAUAAUGUGGAGGGAUUCCUCGACAAGAACCGGGAUGCCCUCCGAGCUGAUGUUCUGGAAUUGCUGUGCAGCAGUGAGGUCCCUCUGGUGGCAGAGAUGUCGACCCAACUACGAGCACAACACGACGCCAAUAAAACACUCCCGAGAGGCGCCAACGGACGUUUCGUCACAAUGAAGCCUAGAACUCCAACUGUUGCUGCCAGGUUCUCGGACAGCCUCCACCAGUUGCUGGAGUCGAUGUCAAGAUGCAACCCGUGGUUCGUUCGCUGCAUCAAGCCGAAUACAGAUAAAUCGCCGAUGAAGUUCGACAUGCCGUGUGUCCUCGCCCAGCUCCGAUAUACUGGCAUGCUGGACACGAUCAAGAUAAGGCAGACCGGCUACCCAAUCAGAAUACCUUUCCAAAACUUCGUUGAUAGAUACAGGUACCUGCUAAAAUCGACUCCACCACGGUCGACUCCCUAUCGCGAGAUUUGCAAUUCAAUACUAGCGGAGAUGCCACCUACUGGAGCUGUCGGCGCGGACUACCAACUGGGUGCCGCGCGGGUGUUCAUAAGGGAGGCGUUGCAUAGAGCCUUGGAACGUUCUAGAGCGGAUAAGCUGCGUGCAGCUGCAACCAUAUUGCAAGCGCAUGCACGAGGGUACCUCGCGAGGAAACGCUACCACCAAAUGCGGUCGGCGGCGGUGAAGGUGCAGGCGUGGUGGCGCGGCGCGCACGCGCGGCGGCGCUACCUGGUGGCGCGGCGCGGCGUGACGCGCGCGCAGGCGCUGCUGCGCGGCCGCCGCGCGCGCCGCCGCCUCGCCGCGCUGCGCGACCAGCACCGCCGCCGCCGCGACGCGCAAGUCGCCGCCGCCAAACGUCGUGCGGCCGAACAAAAAGCACAAAAGGCUAAAGCAGAGAGUCUGCAAGUGUUGGAGGUGCCGGCGGAACUGGCCUUCAUAUUAUCGAAGGUUGACGAGUGGCAACCACCGCACACUGAAAGGAAUCUUAUCAAGGUAUCGGGCGACGUGUACGCAGAAGACGAACGCGUACAGUUACCCCGAGAUCUACAACAAUUCGCGUUCUCCAAGUUCAGCUCGGUGUACUUCGCAGACGGUGGUCAACUCAGCCCCAGGAAGCAUCCCAUCACUAGACCUUUCCUGUCUAAGGCUGCUGUCAGGGAUCAAGAUUUUAACGAUGCUGUGGCAACAUUCAAGUUGAUUUUGAGAUGGUGCGACGAGUCUGCGGCUGGCGAUGAAACUAGACAAAAGAUCCUGGCGGACUACAUAGCGUCUCGCGGGCUGCAGUCGCGCGGGCUCCGCGACGAGAUCCUGGUGCAGCUGUGCAACCAGGCCUCGCCCGACAGCGACCGCGUCUGGCACCUCAUGGCGCACUGCCUCGCCGCCUUCCAGCCCGGACCGCCGCUGCACAAGUACCUGGUGCGGCUGAUAUCGGAGCGUGCGCCGGCGCGGUGGCGCGCGGCGCUGGCGCGGCUCGUGUGCGGCGCGGGCGCGGGCGCGGGCGCGGGCGCGGCGCGGGCGCACGCCGCCGCCGCCGCCGCCGCCCGCCGCGCGCCGCCCACGCUGCUCGAGUGGCGCGCCGCCCGCGCCGACGCGCGCCCGGCCUUGCCGCUCACCCUGCCCGACGAGAGCGUACAGCACGUGUGCGUGGAGUCUUGGACAACGUGUGAGCGGGCGGCGGCGGCUGCGCUCGCAGCUGCCGGCGUCACGCGCCGCGCUACUGGAUGGACACUCACUAUGGAGCACAACGGACAACUCACCGAAUGGGCGGGUUGUGAGUACGCGCUGGAUGCGGUAGGCGAAAUAGAAGCAUGGGCGGCAAUGCCCAGCUCCCGUGGCGAACCGCUUCGUGCAUCAGCAUCGCGCCUUGCUCCACCCGCGCCCCCGCCCCGCGCUACUUCCAUCGAAGCAGAUCGUUCGGCUAGACCCCAGGUCCCACCACCGGAACCACCAAAAUCUCGGUCACCAAGUAUCCCACGACUACUCCAAGAUUCCAUCGACGAGGGCCUCUCCGAAUACAACUGGAAAAUCGAGCGGGAAGAGUCGCACGCGAUGUCGAAACAAAACGAUUAUUCUAGAAAGAUAUCCCACGACAUUCUCUCGAGAGAGUCGGCGCUUAAUGAACGUUACUUCGAACAGAGCAACGAUAAAGUCCGCAGUAGAUCGUUGGAUAAUCUGUUGGGAGACAACCCCGUACCACAGCCGACGAAGCUCGCUGACUUGGGAUUAUCGCAGUCACGACUCAACGAUCGAUAUCACUCGGUGGAGAGAUUAGGAGGCGCUCCGAGUGUGGCCAGUAGUAAAGGAGCGAUGGAGAUAGAAUACGGCACUGGAUCGCGAGUGCUGCCGUCGCGAUAUAUAAAGUCGCAAUAUGCGGGAAAACGCGCGCCUGCUGGCUCGCAAUCCAGCCGUGCUUAUAUCGAAAAAAGUUCUGAAUUCGGAGGUGUACGAUCUUCAGCAAUGUCUGAUACUUCUGAAGCUCCAAGCUUAGCAUCACAUGUGCGUCGAGUCAGAGUUCCGAGCCAAGCUUCCGACGUCGACCAGUUCCUGGACGAUCUGUUUUCUCCAGUCCUUGACCCUAAUAUCGACGAACUUUCAGACGCUCGUUCACUUGCUGCCAGCAUUAAGGGAGGAAAAACCUACGCCGAUUUUAUCGAUAAUAUCCUUAAUUGUGAUUACAAAGAUCAAAUGAAAGUAUUGAACAAUGCUAAAGAGUUACAACAUUUAAUUAAAGGAGGUGGUAAAGAGGAAAGGGAUAAGGGUUCUAGCAGAAAGGAAUCGAGUGUCGGUUCAGUAGACGAUUACAUAACCAAUCUUUUUGAUCCCAUUUUUAUGAACGAUAGUCUGAAGAGACUAACUGAUGGGGAAGGACUUUCGGGAGCAAUCAAAGGCGGGGGAGCCACUCCAAGAGCUGCGUCUGCUAACACAUCAGCUUUGAGUUAUGGCGGUUUAUCUUUACCACCAACUAUGCCAGCUACACCCGAAGCUUUAGCAGCGGCGUUAGGUCUUCAUUUACCACCACCUGGAACAGUUGAUAUAAAUGCAUAUCACCAAAACCUUCAAAGAGCGUUUCUACAAAGCGCGAUGGCACAAAAUCUUCAAAUACAACAACAGCUCCUAGCUCAAAAUCAGGCAUUACAAACUCUUCUAGCUGGUCAGGUUGUAGAAUCUUCUGAAACGGAAACAAUCUCACCAGUUAGGCCAUCGACAGUGGUACACGCUCAGGUUCAUUCACCGCCAAGAAUAGCAGUAAAAACUAGACGUGAGUCUAACGAAAGCUCCUCAGCCGGAGCUCCUCCCCCGCCUCCUCCUCCGAUGCCUCCACCACUACAUGCUACAGAUCCAUCUGAAGUACGACCAUUUAUGGAUCCCUAUGGUAGAGCGAAAACAGUUCGUAUAGGUAAAUGGCGAUGGCCUCCUCCUAAAGACGCUACCGGGCAGGAACAAACACAAGAUUUUACUAAAUUUAAGAUGCGCCAGAUACAAAGAAGACACACUCCUCAAGCUCAAACAAAUGGUGUAGAACACGAAGCGCCUAGGGGCAGGUCCCGGUCUGAGGCUUCACCGGGUAUAGAAUGGGAGGAAUUUGAAGUAGACGGCCCAGUAUCACCCAGCAGGGAACCACCUAAUCAACGAACAGCCAGAAGAAGCUUUGAGAUUGGAGCGCAACGUCCUUCACCAGGUAGUGUUGGGAAGCUAAAGCUGAGCUCCGAAAUGAGACAACGACUGGAGCGAGUAACGGCCAAUCAUUCGGUGCGCAGUUCUUCUUCUGCGGCGGAAACACCUCGCACGGUAAAUAAGUUGGAAGACACAAGAAAGCUGAUGUUGGAACGUCAACUAGGAGGUGGCAUGAGGUGGGACGCGCCUCCACCUCCACUCCCGCCAGCACCACCGGGUCCUGCACCACCACCACCGAAAUCUCCCCCCACGCCGCCUGACCGGCCAGCACCUCCACCUCCGGCUCCAGACUCGUCAUCUACGUUUGCUCAAUUACGCCGAGAUAGAGAUACCUUUGGAGUACACCAAAACCGGGAGGCGGACGAUCGUCACGCCUUUCUAGCUAAUUGGAACUCCCGAAGAAAGGACGAACCGGAUUCACCUCGUGACGACUUGGCUACUCGUUUCUUAACAGCGGACCGCCGCGAAAGGAACUCCCGCGUAAGAGACGAUUGGGGAGACGAGUCUGAGAUUAGGAGCUACAAUGGUGACAAACAAGGCCGCGACGAAUGGGACUCUGAAUCUGGCGUCGAUUCCAGUCGACGCGACCGCGACAACUUCUCCGGGAGAGAAGCGUCCGAGAUCUACGAAAUUCAUCCAGCUCGAGCUGAGAGGCGAAGGGAUGAAAACGGCGUCGAUGACUCAUUCGAUCGUAAGCGGUCGCCAUUCUUCGAUGAUUUUGAGCGUUUCGAUGGGAGGAAGAACUCACGUGACAUGCUAGUGGGGCGAGCUAGAGAUAGCCCACGAUCGGAUAUUAUUUUCCCGCCUGAUAACAAUGAUAUGAAGACAACCAGCCGAGCCACGUUCAAAACUCAUAUGGUGCAAAAAGAGAGGGACAGAAAGAUGGAAGCGGAAAGAAGACACUCGGUGUCUACUCACGUGACCGAUAAAACUGAACACCUCGAACGCGACGUGCCGGCGCCAGCGGCACUGCUACCUUCGGAGCGCACGUUCCUCACAUACGGCCGCGUGCCGUGGAAACUGCGCGUGCGCAAGGAGGUCUUCACCCCACUCGAGACCUACAACGAUCCUGCCAUACUAGACUUACUUUAUGCUCAGAUAGUGCACGAUAUAAACUCGACGGCGCCGUCUCUGCGGCUUGGCGCGGCGGAACGACGCGCGGGCGCCGCGUGGCUGGCGGCGCAGCCGGCCGGCCCCCCGCGCGCCGCCGCCAAGCGGCAGGCCGUGGACAUGGCACGCGCGUGGCCCUUCUACUUCGCGAGGCUGUUCACCGCCAGGCUACCGCCCGGCGAGAACGCUGUACUCGCUGUCUCGCACGCCGCCGUCACUAUAGGCGUAAAAGGUCCGGGCGGGCUGGCGGUGCGGCGGUCGCUGCCGCUGGGCGGGCUGCGCGCGUCGUCGCCGGCGCCGCACGCGCUGCAGCUGGCCGGGCUGUCGCUGCACGUGCCGCUCGCGCACCACGCGCACGCGCUCAUCGCCGAGUUCGUAUUACAACACUCUCAGAUUCAACCAAAACCAACGACAAAUGGAGUGCUAAAGGAACGUAUAACUGAACGGGAGAACAGCAGAGAGGCUAGAGAAUCGAGAGACUCCAGAGAUUCACGGGACAUUCGCGAUAGUCGUGAGUCCAGGGAGUCUAGGGAGUCAAGAGAAGAGACAGAGCACGUGGAGAGAAGAGCACAGACUUCAUCGCCUAUACCUCGCGAGAGGGAGAGGGAGCGAGACAGAGAUAGAGAGAUACGGGACGAUAGAAGAGACCAGUCAACGCCACAGCACGACGGAAGGCAUCCACUAUUACAAUUUGCUGUAGAUCACUUCAGACAGAGUCCAGAACUAGAAAUAUUAAAAGCGGACUCGUCGUUGAAGAGCAAAGCGAAACGCAACGAGUGGACAUGGAAAGCUCAGACCGAUGUCGUGAAAUGGCAGGCGACGCCGCUGCGUGCGCCAUUGCUGCGGCUGCCGCCUGCGCUCGCGCCGCCGGCCCUGGAAUGCUUCACAUGUAUACGCGCGUACUGCGGCGACCUCCAGCCCGCUGAGCGGCCGAUGCACCAAGACUUGACUGAAGUUAAAUGUGUUUAUACUGUGCUUAUGCAUUGCCACUCGGUACCGGAGCUCCGCGACGAGGUAUACUGUCAGCUGAUGAAGCAGACGACGUCGAACCGGUCGCCAGCGCCGGACUCCUGCCAGCGCGCCUGGCGGCUCAUGUCCAUACUAGCCGCCUACUUCACUUGCUCAGACACGCUCAGGCCAUUCCUCGUGGAGUACCUGUCAGCGGCGGCCGCGGACCGGCGGCGGCCGUGCCAGGGCACCGCUGCGGUGUGCCUCGCCAACUUACGCAAGACGUUGCGUUGCGGCGGACGGAAGAACGUGCCCAGCGUCGAAGAGGUGACGGCGGUGUCGGCGGGCCGGUCCGCCCGGCGGCAGCUGUACCGGCUGCCAGGCGGCGCGGAGCGUGUAGUCAACACGCGUUGCGCCACCGUCGUCCAAGAUAUUGUCAACGAACUCUGCGACCUCAUCGGCGUGUCGAGCGAGGGCGAGCGCGCGGAGUUCUCGCUGUACUGCAUCGUGGCGGGCGACGCGCUGACGAUGCCGCUGGCGGGCGACGAGUACGUGCUGGACGUGACCACCGAGCUGCAGCGCGCGCACCACCCCUUCUACCUCAUCUUCUGCCGCUCCGUGUGGCACCACCCGCUGCGGACCGACGCGCCGCCGCUCUACACCGAAGUCCUCUUCAACCAGGUGGCGCCUGAUUACCUAGAGGGCCUGGUGGUCGUACUACCAGGCGGUGCAGCCCCAGCGCCAGGCGUGCUGCGUGACGCGGCGUUGGUGGCGGCGCUGCUGCACCGCGCGGCCGCACUGCCAGACGCACCGCAUCCGCGCGACCUGAAGUUCCUGCUGCCGAAGCCGCUGCUAGCGCUGCGCGAGCCGCGGCCGCAACGCUGGGCCUCGUGGGUGGCCGCCGAGUGGCCGGCCGCCAGCCAGCUCGCGCCUGCUGCUGCCAAGGCCAAAGUGCUGCAGGUGUUGUCCCGGUGGCCGCUGUUCGGCUCGUCGUUCUUCGCGGUGCGGCGCGUGACGGGCGGCAGCGCGGGCGAGUGGCGCGAACACGUGCUGGCGCUGAACCGGCGCGGCGUGCACCUGCUGCACCCCGCCACGCACGAGACCGACACGCACUGGCCCUACAGCGAGCUCAUCUCCACCAGGAAGGUGCGGUCGGAGGACGGCACGCUGUUCCUGGACGUGAAGUGCGGGUCGCUGCUGCAGCAGCGCGUGACGCGGCUGCAGGCCGAGCAGGCGCACGAGGUGGCGCGGCUCGUGCGCCAGUACGUGGCGCUGCAGCGCGACCACCACCACCACCGCGACGACCACCGCGACCACCGCGACCACCGCGACCACCGCGACCACGCGCACUCGCCCACCGCCGACUACUGACUACAACAUCCAAACACGUGAAGGUGCCUUUGCGAAUUAAAACAACGUCAACCAGCAUAUUUAAUGAUAUCGAUUGAGUAAAUUUACCUCAAAUAAUCCGUCCCUUAUAGAUCUGAGAUGCUUUGCGUUUUUUUGUAAUU